AUGGCAUUGGGAGAUUUGAUGGCCUCUCGCUUUUCCCAAUCCACCGUUCUAGUCGUUCCCAGCCAGAAUCACCACGACGAUUCCACCGCCUCCUCUUCGUCCUCCUCCGUCGCCGUCGUCACCGCCGUUAAUAACACCGACGAUGCUGAUUUCGCCCACCGCCGCGACUCUGAAGCCGCCAUCGCCAGCAGCAGUGGCAACUUCACCGGGAAUGCCAUCACCAGCAUGGCCUACCUGCCGCAGACCGUCGUCCUAUGCGAGCUCCGCCACGAAGCCUUCGAGGCCGCCGUCCCCGCUGGCCCCUCCGACAGCGGCCUCGUCUCUAAGUGGCGACCCAAGGAUAGGGUCAGUUCAGUUGCUCUGGAAAGUUCGAUUCAGUUAUUUGUUAACCUUGUUUGUGUUAUCCGCAUUUUGUGUGAUGAAUCGGUGAUUUGCGAUUUGCGUUACAAUGAGAAUGGAAAAUUGUGUGAAUCCUGUGUGUCACGUGUUCUGCGUCACUGGAAUGUGGCAAAUGUAGAGAAAAGGGCGUCUAGGAAGUGGCUUGUUUACAUGAAGUGGCUUGUUUACAUGAAAUGGAGCUUGGUAGCUUCUUAUGUUGGUGGAGAUUGUUUGACACUUGAUAGAGGUGGACUUUGGUCCAGAUGUGAAAUAAGCAAGCCAUUUUUGCCUAGUCUGAUUGUAUCAACUGGAAAUCUUAUGAAGACUGGAUGUGUAGCUCUAGUAUUAUGUUUAAACAUUAGUGUUGACCCACCAGAUGUAAUAAAGAUAUCUCCAUGUGCCAGAAUGGAGUGCUGGAUAGAUCCUUUUUCUAUGGCACCACAAAAGGCAUUGGAGUCAAUUGGAAAAACAUUGAGCAGUCAGUAUGAAAGAUGGCAACCAAAGGCCCGCUAUAAAUGUCAACUUGACCCGACAGUGGAUGAGGUAAAGAAGCUUUGUACUACUUGUCGUAGAUAUGCAAAGUCAGAAAGAGUUUUAUUCCAUUACAAUGGACAUGGUGUACCAAAACCAACUGCAAAUGGUGAAAUUUGGGUCUUCAAUAAGAGUUAUACGCAGUAUAUCCCAUUACCCAUCAAUGAACUUGAUUCUUGGCUGAAGACCCCAUCAAUAUAUGUUUUUGAUUGCUCUGCAGCUGGGAUGAUUGUGAAUUCGUUCAUUGAGCUUCAUGAAUGGAGUGCUUCCAACUCCUCUGUCUCUCAAAGGGAUUGCAUUCUGCUUGCCGCAUGUGAAGCACAUGAGACUUUGCCUCAGAGUGCUGAAUUUCCUGCUGAUGUGUUUACAUCUUGCCUUACAACGCCUAUAAAGAUGGCCUUGCGAUGGUUUUGUACACGUUCAUUACUUCGUGAAUCACUUGAUUAUUCACUUAUAGACAAGAUCCCUGGCCGUCCAAAUGACCGAAAGACACUUCUGGGUGAAUUGAAUUGGAUCUUUACAGCAGUAACUGAUACAAUUGCCUGGAAUGUUCUUCCCCAUGAUCUUUUCCAGAGACUGUUCAGACAGGAUUUGCUUGUUGCAAGUCUGUUUCGAAAUUUUCUACUUGCUGAGCGAAUCAUGCGAUCCGCAAAUUGUACUCCUGUCUCUCACCCAAUGUUACCUCCAACCCAUCAGCAUCAUAUGUGGGAUGCAUGGGACAUGGCUGCUGAGCUAUGCCUCGCCCAACUUCCAUCUUUAGUUGAGGAUCCUAAUGCUGAAUUUCAGCCUAGUACAUUUUUCACUGAGCAGUUGACAGCCUUUGAGGUAUGGCUUGACCAUGGUUCUGAACAUAAGAAACCACCAGAGCAGUUGCCUAUAGUUCUUCAGGUUUUACUUAGUCAAUGCCAUCGCUUUCGGGCCUUAGUGCUCCUUGGGAGGUUUCUUGAUAUGGGGCCAUGGGCAGUCGAUCUGGCAUUAUCUGUUGGAAUAUUUCCUUAUGUUCUAAAGCUGUUACAAACAACAACACCUGAACUACGUCAGAUCCUUGUAUUCAUAUGGACAAAGAUUCUUGCACUUGACAAGGUUGAUCUGGUGAAGGAUGGUGGUCAUGUCUAUUUCAUUAAGUUCCUUGAUAGCAUGGAAGCAUAUCCAGAGCAACGUGCAAUGGCUGCUUUUGUUUUGGCUGUGAUUGUGGAUGGUCAUAGACGGGGCCAAGAAGCUUGUAUUGAAUCUGUUUUGAUUCAUGUCUGCUUAAAGCACCUUCAGAGUUCAAGUCCUAAUAAUGAGUCGCAAACUGAACCCCUUUUCCUUCAAUGGCUUUGCCUGUGUCUGGGGAAAUUGUGGGAAGACUUCUCGGAGGCACAAACAAUUGGUUUACAGGAAGAUGCAACUACUAUAUUUGCUCCUCUACUGUCUGAACCCCAGCCGGAGGUUUAUGCCCUACUUAUUGGUCUAUUUCCAGUUAGGGCAUCUGCUGUUUUUGCACUGGGUACCCUUCUUGAUGUGGGAUUUGAUACGUGUAGAAGUGUUGGUGGAGAUGAAGAAUGUGAUGAUGAUGAAAAGUUUAGAGCUGAAGUUAGUAUAAUUAAGAGUAUGUUAUGUGUUGCUUCAGAUGGGAGUCCAUUGGUGAGGGCAGAGGUAGCAGUAGCUCUAGCACGAUUUGCUUUUGGCCACAACAAGCACCUGAAAUCUAUUGCUGCUGCAUAUUGGAAGCCUCAAUCUAAUUCUUUGAUUAAUUCCUUACCUUCAUUGGCUAAUAUUAAAGGUUCAGUUGGUGGAUAUCCUAAACAGAACCAACAUGGAAGUAUUGUUUCUCCUCAAAUUGGUCCUAUCAGGGUUGGAAAUGACAAUUCUCCAGUGGUUCGAGAUGGGCGGGUCUCUUCUAGUAGCCCUCUUACUGGUUCGGGAAUCAUGCAUGGGUCCCCACUGUCUGAUGAUUCAUCUCAUCAUUCUGAUUCAGGAAUUCUAAAUGAUGGUUUCAGCAAUGGAGUGGUUAACCACACUGGGCCAAAGCCCUUGGACAAUGCAUUGUAUUCACAAUGUGUACUUGCUAUGUGUACAUUAGCAAAAGAUCCAUCUCCACGCAUUGCAAAUCUUGGUCGUCGGGUACUGUCCAUCAUAGGUAUCGAACAAGUGGUUGCAAAACCAUUGAAGUCUACUAGUGUUCGAACUGCUGAAUCUACAGCUUCUCCCAGUCUUGCUGGACUGGCUCGUUCGUCUUCAUGGUUUGAUAUGAAUGGAGGACACUUGCCACUGACCUUCAGAACUCCUCCUGUCAGUCCUCCUCGCCCAAGUUAUAUAACUGGAAUGCGUAGGGUCUGUUCAUUGGAGUUUAGGCCCCACCUGAUGAAUUCUCCCGACUCUGGAUUAGCUGAUCCACUUUUAGGUUCUGGUGGAGCUUCUGGGACUUCAGAUCGAAGCUUUCUUCCACAAUCAACUAUAUAUAGCUGGAGUUGUGGUCACUUUUCCAAACCACUUUUAACUGCUGCAGAUGAUAGUGAAGAAUUAAUAGUCAGAAGAGAGGAGAGGGAAAAAUUUGCACUGGAGCACAUAGCUAAAUGCCAACACUCUGCUGUUAGCAGACUUACAAAUCCAAUUGCUAAGUGGGACAUAAAGGGAACACAAACAGCAUUGUUGCAACCUUUCUCUCCUAUAGUAAUAGCUGCUGAUGAGAAUGAACGAAUCAGACAUGAUAGUGAUUUGUGUUUAGGGAACCAUGACAAUGGUGAUGUCGGAUUUCCAUCAAGGUCCAUCAUGUCUGCUUUGGAUGUUGUAAAUGUGGUCAAUAGUUCAGCUACCAUAGCUGCUGUCCAUCAGUUCCUCAACCUGUUCUGCCGCCACCUGCGGUCUUUUUCCCUCGCCAUCAACCCACUGCAGCACUGCUAUCAAACCAUUACUGUGCCACCACCUGUCCCUCUUCUCCAACGCAUUCCCCUAGUUGGAACCGCUGGGCCUUUAUGGGUAUGGAACCAUGAGGAGGCAACACUUCUCAACAGUUUUGAUAAUCAUGAUUUUCCUGACAAAGGGAUUUCUAAACUGUGUCUUGUAAAUGAGCUUGAUGAUAGCUUGCUUCUUGCUGCUUCAUCUGAUGGAAACAUACGGAUUUGGAAAGAUUAUACUAUGAAGGGUAAACAAAAACUUGUCACUGCAUUCUCUUCAAUUCAUGGUCAUAAGCCUGGUGUGAGGAGUCUCAAUGCAGUUGUUGAUUGGCAACAACAAUGUGGUUAUCUGUAUGCAUCGGGUGAGAUAUCAUCUAUUAUGCUAUGGGAUGUUGAUAAAGAGCAGCUUGUUAAUACUAUACCUUCAUCAUCAGAUUGCACUGUCUCAGCGUUGGCUGCAUCUCAAGUACAUGGGGGACAAUUUGCUGCUGGUUUUGUUGAUGGUUCUGUCAGACUUUAUGAUGUCAGAACACCUGAAAUAAUGAUGCUUCUUAGACUCGUCUGUGAGUUAAGGCCUCAUACGCAAAGAGUAGAAAAGGUUGUGGGGAUUGGCUUUCAACCUGGACUAGACCAAGGAAAGAUUGUUAGUGCUUCUCAGGCUGGGGAUAUCCAAUUUCUUGAUAUAAGAAAUGUUAGGAGCACCUAUCUUACUAUUGAAGCUCAUAGGGGAUCACUCACAGCUUUAGCUGUACAUAGACAUGCUCCAAUUAUUGCUAGUGGUUCCGCCAAACAACUCAUUAAAGUUUUUAGUCUGGAGGGUGAUCAACUAGGCACCAUUCGAUACUAUCCUACCUUAAUGGCCCAGAAAAUUGGUUCUGUAAGUUGCCUCAAUUUCCAUCCAUACCAGGUAUUACUUGCUGCUGGUGCUGCAGAUGCAUGCGUUUGUAUCUAUGCUGAUGACAACACUCAAGCUAGAUGA